AUGAUACAUAUUGCCUUCAAAUGGUUCGACGUAACUGAUUCGGAAAAUCAUCAUAUUAUUGCUGCAGACGGCGUGAAGUUCGUAGAAAAUGCCUCUCGCGAAGGUAAGAAAUACGAUGUUGUGGUGGUCGACGCUUGCGUUUACUCUUCCUCGAUUCUUUGUCCUAUCAAGCCACUUCGGAGUUACAGCGAAUUGAAGAUUGUGAAGACUAUAUUGACGGCCAGUGGUUCUCUUAUAAUUAACGUUGCUGCAUUCUUUACUCAACAGCAAGCCAUCUUCGAAUACAGUCAGGUAUAUCAUUACAGUUUAUUUCCAGUUUGA